UUCAAGCGACUGACUACAGAGGGCGCUGUGCAGCUUUCGGCGACAGUAUGCGCACGGCAGGGUAAAUGCAUAUUCUGUGAUCUUGCCUUAGUAAGACAAGAUGGCUUCUAGCAACGUUCACACACCACACAUGGACGAAAUCUGCCCAGGACUUUUCCUCGGAAGCGAAAGUGCUGUCGUCACACCAGAGGGUCAAGCAGCUGUAUUGCAGCACGCCAUCACCCACGUGCUCUCGGUGGCAGAUAUGAAGCCAAAGAUGGGAACUCUGAACUUGAAGCACAAAUUUGUCCGUGCCAACGACAUGCCAAAUGUGGACAUCCUGCAGCAUUUUGAAGACUGCUUCGGCUUUAUUGAUGAUGCACUAAGAGAAGGGAAGAUCCUUGUACAUUGUAUGAUGGGUGUGUCAAGGAGCUCAACCAUCGUGAUAGGCUACCUGAUGCAUCGAGACAAGAUCACAUUUAAUGAGGCAUUUGACAUGGUCAGGAAGCAGCAUCCUAUCGCUGAGCCCAAUUAUGGCUUCAUGGACUUGCUGCGUCUGUUUGAGGCCAUGGGAUGCCAGUUUUCCUCAGCUAAUCCAUUGUACAGGCAGCACAGACUGGGACAAGUGGCUGAAAAUGUUCAAGCUGGCCAGGAAGUGCCUAAGGAAGUCAUUGCAGCUGAUCCUCAGGAGACAACUACCGAUCAAACGCAAACCAUCUACAAAUGCAGAAAGUGCAGACGUGCUGCCUUCUUAGAAGCGAGUGUCCUUGCCCACAUCACUGGGAGAGGCCAAGAAAGCUUCCAGUGGCACAAACAAUCUCACCCUCUCUCUCAAGGAGUGACUCCAUCCCCGUCUGGCACGGUGGACUCGUCUGUGACGUGCACAUCUCUGUUUGUUGAGCCUGUGAAAUGGAUGGAACCAUUCAUGAUAGGGAGGUUAGAUGGAAAGCUGACCUGCCCUAAGUGCAGUGCAAGGCUGGGCUCCUUCAAAUGGUCAGGUCUUCAGUGUUCCUGUGGUGCCUGGGUGACCCCAGCGUUUCAGAUACAUCAAAACAGAGUCGAUAAAGCAACGCGAAGAGUACAACCUACGCCACCAACCACCUAGCACUGUAAAGAAGCCAAAACUGCAACCAGGUAGCACCGCAUUUUACUAUAACUUGCAUGGAGUGAUCCCUUGGUGGGGGUUUCAUCACAAAUCUUCCGAAAUUGGAGGUCAAAGGUCAUCUAGGGGUUGUUUGAGGUCGUUUAAAAAUGCACAAAAUUGGACUUUAAUAAAAAAAAAAAAAAAAAAACAUAUAGGGAUCGACCGCGAAAAAAAGGCGUCAUGUGCCAUCCGCAGAUCACCAUGUUUCGGAUGAAACUCAGAAAUAGCACAGGGAAUGCAAUCUUUUAGCAUGUGCUACUUUUGUCUGAAUGAUUGUUUGGGGGGGGGGGAUCCACCACUGGCGAUGUGUCCCUCCAACAGAGCCCUACUGUCCAUACAUAGUGGUCGUUGUGGAGGUUAAUCUUAUCACUCCCCAAAACUUCUUCGGCUAUAAAAAUACUGCAUCUGGACCCAACCUGAGAUGACUCUUUAGAAUCCAUCUCAUCACUAAGACAAAGAACUGCUUGUUUCAGCAAGAAUCAAGCAAACCAAAGACCUUAUCCCUUUGAUGCGCAUACCGGUAUCUGAAAUCGUCUAAGUAGAAACAAGCCACCUUUUUACCUUUGCUCGUGUGGAGUAGUACACAUGUUCCGAAUGUCUCAACACAAAAUAUAGAACACACAUUUGGUCAUUUUUUCAUGCUUUCUGAAACGAAUGGCUACAUUUAUUUAAUUUCUGUACGCUAACAUACAGUAGAUAUCAUUCACAGUGCAUACAUACCUUGUCACUUAUUGUCGAAUUAUGAAUAAUUCAUAAAUACACAUACAUUUCCCUGCGUCUGUUUCAUAGUUAAAUAAGACAAUAUCAGCACGUUUAUUUAGGAUUUGCAGUUCCUGUUUAAAGUUUUGCAUGAUUUACAAAGGCUUAGAAUUUUCCUCUUUGUUAAAAACUUCUUCAUUAUUUCUCAUGAGUGGGAUUUGCUGAUACAUGAAUAUUCUUUGUGACCGUCUGCUCUCUGAGAAGUAAUUCUAGAUUUUCACGGAAUGAAUCAUAUGCAGUUUGUUUUAAUGACAAAAUUGGCCUUUUUUGUUCUUCAUAUGAUUCUAUUUUUGAAGAUUUAUUCUGAAUUUAAUACAUAAUACAAGUGCACAUGUAAGUAAUCAAACAGAAAUGUUGAUACGUGUAUUAAAGGGAGGAUCAUAUUCCAAUACAUUAAUUACAUAACGACAUAGGUACGUUUAUACAUCUAAAACUAUCGUGUAGACACCUUUAACACAGUAUUAAUUUUGUUCUAAAGGAAAACGUCAUUUUUCAAGUCCAUUGAAACCAAUCCAUAGUCAUCCUUAAUUAAAGAAUCUGUUGUUAGAAA